UAGAGCCAGGAAGACCCUGUUCCCCGCAGCAAGGAGGUUGGAGCUCGGAGACAGCAGCUUUAUAUGACAUUUAUUCCAUUCAAGUGUUUGUUUUACUCAAAAUAAAAAUAUAAAUCAAUAUGUGCUACUGCUGUAAGUCUUCGCUGGAUUCAACACUUUAAACUUCUUCAAAUGAUUCCGUCUGACCGCCUCCAUCGAUCAAACACCACAGUCCCCGUUCAUCGUCACACGUUCCCGACGACUUUCCUAUGUUCACCCUCUCCGUUUUACUUUCCUCCUCUAUAUUUGAUGUCAAUACUUAUUAAUUGCCGACGCGAGGUUGACCGAGUGCUGAAUACACUUGCAGAGUUCACAUUAAAAUAAUAAAAACACACCGUUUAUACGAGAAGCGAAUGUUUAAAACGUAUUUAACAUUCAUGAGCCGAAUUUUAAGUUGUACGAAAUUCUUCGUUUUAAAUUCGAUUGUGAGCAAUAAAACGGAAAAUAUCGAGUGUAUCCGUUUAAUAAAAAACGUUAUACGUCCGUAGUGCAGGUUGCAUGGUUACGGACGAGCCCGUUCAGGUAGCCCGAGUUAUUUACAAUACGAUCGGCCGUUGCGAGGCACAAUAGAUUUACGAGCCGUCCGCACUACAUAUCGACAAACAUGUAUUUUCACUGAUGUUAAAUAUACACGACGCAAUAAAGGAUUUCCAGAAAAAACGACUGUUGACGAGAACAUGGACAGGUGUGGUAAGGAAUACAAGCCGAGGCGACCGCAGAAUAUUAUAAGAGUGGAGUCUUCCAAGUACGAAGGCUCAGGGCCGAUACAUAGCAACAGAAAUUACUGGAGCCAGGUUUUUAACGGAUUGACUUCAAACGACAACAAGCCGUUGGAAGAGAAAGAUGUAAAAGUUUUAUCUGAAGUUCUGCCGAAGGAUAUCUGCCAGAAAGUUUGUUCGAUAUUGAACAUAACGCCACAGGACGAAUCGUCGACACCAGAGCACAAACAACGAGUCGAUAAAACACGCAGAGUUGUAAAAGAGCCGCUGCUGUCGCGGAGACAAACAAUCAGCGUACUCAGAGAGUUGGACUCUGACACCGACGUGGAGUGUGUCUCAAGUGAGGAAGAAGUCCCCGAGACAAAUAUCCACAAGGAGUUCCUGAAGAAGCCGGAACGUGAACAGGUGACGUGGGCGACGAGAUACCUCCAGCCAGAGAGAGAUGAACAGAAGACACUCAUCAAGAAAGCCGAUGAUCUCACGGAUAGAAUUGUCCACGACUUCUGUGAUUACAUGAAGCAACUGGGCGGUGAUCACCAAUCACAGCUGUUUACACCGAAAGCUGUGAAGGAACUCUUUCAGAUCGAGUUUGACACUCACGUAGCUCGAAGCCUGAAAGUCGUGCCGAAGGAGAUGCCGACAGUGGAGGAGAGAAUAGCGGACGUCACCGGCAACCAGCAGAAAUCGCGCUUCGCAGCCCUCGGCCGUGAAAUAGCAAAGGACAUAAAAGCGGAGAAGCGUCCUGGUCACUUUAAGGCGUUCAGCCGCAGCGUGCCUCGCAGGGAGCAGUGGCGGGCUCUCUCCAACCACACCAGGGAGAUGUGGCGGUCAGCGAAACACGUGCCCAGGGACCUCGUCACUCUCAAGACGGUGUGGGAGGGAAUCACUAACCUACGAAGCGUGAAGGAGUACUGCCGUUGGAUGAUAGACCAUCCCCAGUAUCGGCGGCCGGAGUAUCUGAACAGUCUGGGGAUGUUCGACUCCGGCGUCCUGGACGCCAGGCUGACCUUCGAGAUGCAGCAGGACAGGUCACCACCCUUGUCUCCGACGGAGGUGCCCGCACCGAUACGACAUUUACGUAAACGCCUCUCCUUACUGGCGGAAACUACAUUUAUAAAACAAUAAUAAAAUACAACACAAUACUUUUUAUAAAACUUACAUGAUGUUAUAUUUUGUUAUAAUAAUAUUUCAAACGAUAAAUUUCUAUGAUAAUUG